UGGUCUUCAGGAUUUAGGAUGGUUGUCUCUCAACCUACAGAUGUUGCAUGUCUUCGAAGUGCUGUCCUAUGGAAUCUAUGAAAUAAACGUAAUAAUAUUCUUUGGGAUAAUGCAACGGUGUCGAUACAUCAAGUGGUUAAUGGCUCCAAGUUGGUCUUGCAUGAUUGGGCUGCAUCACAUUGUUGUUCUUCCUCUCAAGUUGAUAAUCGUCCCACUGCAUCCGAUCUUCCGCGAUGGACCAAGCCAAUAUAGGUGCUUUAAAAAUUAAAAUCCAAUUUUUAAAAAUUAUUAUUAAAUCACAUUUUCACCAAAAAAGCCAGAGUUUAUUAAUAAUUAAAUAGAAAACGUCUAUUACAAGAAACACAGCAACGAUGACAAUGUCAGCAGAAGCUUUGAUUUUCUCGGCGAAGAACUGCUUAUAUGCAUCAGUAGUAACUUGCUUUCAUCAACUCAGUUCCUAUGGCUUCUUCCUCUGGUUCUUCCACUCCUCAAUCCAAGUAUGAAGUUUUCCUUAGUUUCAGAGGCGAAGACACCCGUGAUAAUUUUACGAGCCAUCUGUACUCUGCCCUGUGUCGGAAACAAAUUAAAACCUUCAUAGAUAAUGAACUUCACAGAGGAGAGGAAAUCUCACCAACCCUCUUGAAAUUCAUUGAAGAAUCAAUGGUUUCAGUUAUCAUUUUCUCGGAAAAUUAUGCAGAUUCUCCGUGGUGUUUGGAUGAACUGGUAAAGAUUCUUGAAUGCAGGAAGGUGGCUGAUCAAGUGGUAUUACCCGUUUUCUACCGGGUUAAUCCCAUGGAUGUGGCUGAGCAAAAAGGGGCUUUUGGGGAUGCUUUUGUCAAGCUUGAGGAAGGUUUCAAGGAAAGCAUACAUAAGGUGCAAAAAUGGAGAGCUGCGUUGAAUGAAGCUGCUAGCUUAUCUGGGUGGGACUCGCUUGUCAUAAGGCCUGAAUCCAAACUCAUUGAGGAAAUUGUUCUGGAUAUUUUGAAGAAAUUGAAUUAUAAGUCAUCUUGUGAUUUUAGGGGUUUGGUUGGAAUUUAUUCACGCAUUCAGAGAAUUGAAUCAUUGUUAGGCAUUGGAUCUAUGGAUAUUUGUAUUUUGGGAAUUUGGGGAAUGGGAGGUAUUGGUAAAACAACCAUCGCUGGAGCUGUGUUUGAUAAGAUCUCUAGACAGUUUGAUGGUUACUACUUUCUGGCUAAUGUUAGGGAGCAAUCAGGAAAGUAUGGACUAUAUCAGCUACAAAGGCAACUUUUCUUGAAAGUAUUAGGAGAAGAAAAUCUCGACAUAGAUGCAUAUGAUAUCGGAACAAGUUUUAUUAGGAGAAGACUUCAACGAAUGAAGGUGCUUGUUGUUCUUGAUGAUGUGGAUAAUUUCAGACAAAUAGAAUUUUUAGCAGGAGAGCGUGAAUGGUAUGGACCAGGAAGUAAAAUCAUUAUAACAACUAGAGACAAGGAUGUUCUUAAGAGUGUAGUUAAUGAAGUCUAUGAAGUUGAAGGAUUAGAUUACCAUGAAGCACUUCAGCUGUUUAAUUUGAAUGCGUUUAGACAAGACCAACUGAGACAAGACCAACUAAAGCUAUCAGAAACAAUAAUAAGUUAUGCUAAUGGUAAUCCACUCGCUCUGAAAGUUCUGGGUUCUUUUCUACACCGUCGGGGUACUCAAGAAUGGAAAAGUGCAUUGCAUAAGCUAGAAAGAAAUCUCAACCUAGAAAUUCAGAAUAUAUUAAGAAUAAGUUAUGAUGGAUUGGAUCUCGAAGAGAAAGACGUAUUUCUUGAUAUUGCGUGUUUCUUCAAGGGGGAGGAUAAGGAUUUUGCAGAAAGAAUACUAAAUGGCUGUGGCUUUUCUUUUGACAUUGUGACAAGUGUUCUUAUUGAUAAGUCUCUUGUAACUAUUUCCAACAAUAAGUUGGAGAUGCAUAACCUAUUACAGCGAAUGGGUUGGGAAAUUGUUCGACAAGAAUCCAUUAAAGAGCCUGGGAAACGCAGCCGGUUGUGGACUGCUGAAGAUGUUUUUCACAUAUUGAAGAAAAAUACAGGAACUGAAACAAUUGAAGGUAUAUUCUUUGACAUGUCUAAAAUGGGAGACAUAUUGUUAAAUCCUAAAGCCUUUUCAAGGAUGGACAACUUGAGAUUGCUCAAAUUUUAUGAUUCUUCCACUUUUUAUUGGUUGAAUAGCCGAGUGUACCUUCGACAAAGUCCUGAAUUUUUGCCAGAUAAGUUAAGCUAUCUCCAGUGGGAUGCAUGCCCCUUAAGGUCCUUGCCACUGAAUUUCUGUGCUGAGGAACUUGUUGAACUUAAAAUGCCUUAUAGCCAAGUUGAAUCGCUUUGGGAGGGAAACCAGAAUCUUGAGAAGUUGAACUCAAUUGACCUCAGUCACUCACGAAACUUUAUCAGAUUACCAGACCUAUCACAGGCCCUAAAUCUUGAAUGUAUCAAUCUUGAAGGCUGCAUAAGUUUGCUUCAGGUGCCAUCAUCCAUUAAAUGUUUCAAGAAGCUUACUGUCCUGAAUCUGAAAAAUUGCAGAGAGCUAACUAGUAUUCCUAGCUGCAUUUAUCUGCAAUCACUUCACAGGCUCAAUCUCUCUGGAUGCUCAAAAUUAAAGAACUUACCAGAAAUCUCGAGAUGUGUAGAAGAGUUAAGUCUGGAUGGAACUGCCAUAGAAGAAUUGCCUGCAUCUAUUGAGCAUCUCUCUGAACUUUACUUCUGGAGUAUGCGUAACUGCAAACUUCUCAAGGGACUUCCAAGCAAUAUCUGUUCAAUGAAAUAUCUAACGAGCCUUUUGAUUUCCGGUUGCUUAAAGCUGGAAAGCAUACCUGUCAGUAUCAGAAAACUUUCUCAAUUACAAAAGCUAGACAUUAGUAGUUGUGAAAGACUUACAUCUUUACCAGAACUUCCACCAAAUCUUAGGCUCUUAAAUGCCAAGGGUUGCAUUUCACUUGAAACAAUAUCAUCUUCAGUGACUUUAUUUAAGGAGAAAAUGUUACCAAAAUGUCCAAAUAAUCAGAGGUAUUGCUAUAUUAACUGUCCAAGAUUGAAUCAGAAUUCACUGCACAUCAUUGAGGACGAUUCACAAUGGAGGAUUCAGCACACAGCAGCUGCAGCUGUAAGAGAUUAUUAUCAGGGCCUUCAUUCAUUGCCAUCAAUUUGUUUUACUUACCCUGCAAAUGAAAUCCCAAACUGGUUUGGCUGUCGGAAAAAAGGUUCUCAUAUCACUAUCAAGCUACCGUCUAAUUGGCGUAAUCCCAAGUUCUUGGGUUUUGCUGUGUGUGCUGUUGUAGAAUGUACAGGCUCUGCAGAUGUCAGUGACAUUUAUGUUGUAUGUAAAUGCAAUUUGACAACCAAUCAUGGCGAUCACCAUGUUGUGAGUUGCACUUUGCGAGGUUUGGCUAACACGUCGGAUGAACUUGGACCCUGUUUUGUUAGAUCCAAUCAUGUCUUCGUGGGAUAUGAUUUCAGCUUAUAUCUGAGAGCAAUUGAGGAAAACGGGCCAGAGAAAUCAUGUUAUUAUAGUGAAGCUACAUUUACUUUCUAUUCAAGGAAAGAAUAUGGGCACUCGUAUACCUUGCGUGUUAUAGGUGCGUGUGGUGUCCACCUGCUAUAUGCUCAGGAUGAGGGGGCACAAAUCAGCGCAGUUGACCAGGUGAAUCAAUAGGUUUUUAUUUGAGUUGGGUGCAAUUGAGAAGAAGAGGCAAAACUUGAGUUUUUUGAUGAAGAGAUUGUCUAUGUGAAGUACAGCCAAGACAUGGGCAAAGCCAGCAGCCAAGACAUGGCCAGGGCCAUGUAAGCAGUUGAAAGAGACAUGGGCACAACCAUAUACGCCAGCAAGGUUAGACAUGGGCAGUGCUCAGUGCCCAUAUUACAGACAUGAACAGCUUCAAACUUCCUUAUAUUAGUGAGAUUUCUUUCCUUUAUAAGAAAUAUCAAAGGACAUAAAAACCCAUCUUUAGAGCUGGAGAAAAGCAUGAUCAUUGGAGCAAGAGGAUAAAAGAUUGUCUGCAGAAUGAAGCUUGCAGACCAUCUUCACAAGAGUUUGAUUUUUCUUAUUUUUCUUUAAGCUUUUCAUGAGGUAUUGAAAUUGAAAUAUAUAUAUUUUUUUAUUUCUUGUGACUACUGGCGAAUAUGUAUAGAAAAAAGUACGCAUUACAUA